AAUAACAGUUUGCUGUCAAAACGUUCAUAACACACAAAGGGAGAGAAAAUUUUUGCAUUUGCUUGUUUCAAGCAAAAGUAUCGAAAAACUUUUGCAAAUAUUUCUGACCUCGAGAUAAACACUUUCUAGUUAAAAUUGUAAGUGUGCGGUUUGUGUUGUGUUCUUUCCCGAGGGUAGAAAAUUACAUAGAAUUGAGAGACGAGCUGUAUCGCAUUCGACCGCUUUGAGGUCGGGCCAAAGAAUUAUUGGAAGAAUCCGAACAAAUUGCACGCACAGGACUAUAAUCCAAAAUGAACAUAAAAAUGCCAGAUUUCGACGUAAAAAAGUUCGUGAAGGAUGCAGGUUCCACACUUUCCCGAGUUGUUCAGCUGACAGAGGAGAAACUUGGCACUUCGGAGAAAACGGAGAUGGAUAGACACUUUGAACACCUUAGCGAACGAUCUGACUGUGCUCGAACAUGGACGGACAAAAUCGUUCGGGACACGGAGGCAGCAUUGAUACCAAAUCCAGCGAAUCGGGUCGAAGAUUUCAUAUUCGAAAAAAUGGAAAAGCAGAAAUCGAAAAGGCUAAGCAAUUUAGAAUACCUGGGACUGGAUAUGAUCGAAGGCGGGGGCGAAUUCGGCCAGGAUGGCGCUUACGGCAGUGCGCUGAUCAAGGUGGGCCAGGCCGAGCAGAAGCUGGGUUCGUGUGAGCGAGAUUUCAUCGGCUCAGCCGGAAUGUGUUUUAUUCAGCCGCUGAAGAAGUUCCUGGAAGGCGAGAUGAAGACGAUCACGAAGGAGAAAGGUAUUCUGGAGAGCAAGAGGUUGGAUCUGGAUGCAUGCAAGAACCGAGUGCGAAAGGCAAGAAGCAUGUUGGGACAACAAACGAAGGAUGGAAUUUCUCCUGAAGCAGUCCUGGACCAGGCUGAACGAGACCUUCGAGUGGCGCAAUCGGAAUUCGAUCGGCAAGCCGAGAUCACCAAAUUGCUAUUAGAGGGAAUCAGCACAACUCAAGCAACACAUCUGCGACAUCUACACGCAUUCGUAGAGUCUCAAGUACGCUACUAUGGCCAGUGCAAUAAAAUCAUGAACGAUCUGCAGAGGGAAUUGGUCAGUUUGGGAGGUCCACAGCCGUACGUUCCGGUGGCAGGCUACGAGGACGACGAAGCGAACGGCCUGUCAGGUCGUGUCAACAACAUCGAACUGGGUGGAAAUCCAGGCUACAAGCGGGCACGUGUUCUGUGCUCGUACGAUGCCAAGGACGGCACCGAACUGAAUCUUACCGCAAAUGAGGUUAUUUUCGUUUGCGAGUGCAAUCCACCGAACAGCGAUUACAUGAACGGAAAGCAGGGUUUGUUGAAAGGGUUAGUUCCAAAGGCUUUUUUGGAGUUGUUGGAUGAUUAAACUCAUGCAAAAUUUUAGUUAUUUAAGCGCAUAUUUUAGUGUUUAUUUAGUCUAUUCUAAAAAUAGAUUAUCGAAUGUCUAUAAUCGCUUCAAGAUAUUUAUUUGAAGUUUUUUCGUUUCGCAAAUGAAAUUUAUAGAACACGUUACUCUUUAGCUUAUCAUCAUAUCCUUAAAUACGAAUUGUUACGCCUGGUUGCGUGUUAAACUGAUGAUAACAAAUAUUAGCUAACAGCAGACUUAAGCUUUUUACAAGCGAGAGUGUUUUUGCUCGCUAUUAAAGUCAAAGAAUUGAACAGGCUUUGCGCUUUUAGGCCAGAUUACCAAACAUAGCUACUUAUAUCAUAUAACUCGAGAAAACUUAAUCAAACGAUUAUGAAACAUCAUGAAACAGUGUCGAUUAUGUUGUGAAUACGGUUUAGUCAAUUAAAUUUAGCAUACACAAACCAAUCGAAAAAAGUGAGAAAUAACAACAAUGAGAACAAUAAUAUUAAACAAAAAUCACGCAAAACACAUUCCUCCUCGCGAUAUUUGAAACAAACGCCCAUCCUCAUUCGAGUAAACUUUGGUGAUUUUUUGUGUGAUUUGUACACAGCAAGACCCAUCACGCAUCACUCUAUGAAUGUUAUUUAUUGUCUCAAUCUUUCAAAUAACUCUUAUCGUAAGCUCAUAAAAGACAUAUAUGACAUUGUAUUCGUUUUGUGUUUUUCAUUUGCAUAACAUUGCGUAAUUGAAAAGUGAAAGUUGAAAACAAAAACCUUGUUUCUCAGAAUCUCGGUAAUAAUUGUUAUUAAACAGAUGUUAUCAAUUACUACUAGUUACACGCUAUGAUGUACACACAAACUUAAGAAAAACCCUAUUUAAAUAACGAUGAAUAACUACUCCCAUCAACGAAACUCACUCGAGUUGAUGAACGCAUUACCGCACACAAUUAAAUGAAACGAAUGAUAUGAACAGUUACAGUUGAUCCAAUCGAUAAAAGAAGUGUGCAUCUUGUCUCUUCCACUCCAUGUUAAUGUUAAUCGAAAAUAAUUUUAUCUCGUUAGCCUGUACUUUCCGGACAUUAUGCAUGGUUGCAUUGCUAUGAAAUAAAAACAUUGACGAAAAAUAAAUCAAAAA